GGCUGCCUCGCCCGUCAACCACCCUCGCCAGGACCAUGCACAAGCUCGCCGUGCUCGGCAGAGACAUCCCAAAGAGACCCGGAGAUAGCCUGCUCCCUUGCCUGCCGCUGGACCGUCUUGGGUCUGAAUCUUCCCUGUCCUCUGAGUCUUCAGAAUCUUCAGAUGCAGGUCUCUGCUUGGAAUCUCCCAGCCCUAUGGACUAUCAGAUGGCAGAGCAGAUGUUUGAGCAAGCCAUUCAUGCAGCCAGCAGGGUUAUUCGCAAUGAGAAAUUUGCCUUCCGACGCUUUCAGUCCUUGCCAGAUGGAGUUGUUUUCAAGACACCAGGAAUACCCACAUCCCCCAGCCACAUGCCUGCUCUGACCCAGUGGGCCAGCCACAAAGAGACCUUUGCCCAGAGGCCCAGCUCAGCGCCCAAUCUGAUGUGCCUCAAUUCAGAGCACAAGAUGGAGGUGGAUCUGCUGAGCCCCGUAGCCCGGAGCCCCUUCUCUUUGACCCCCACCAAGGAGCCCCCCGAGGAAGAUGAUGGAUUUGUGGAACUCCUGGAGAAUGACCUAAAGGACGAUGACGACUCGGUCCCCCCAGGCAUGGAGAGCCUCAUUAGCGCCCCACUUGUCAGAACAUUAGAGAAGGAAAAGGAGCAGGAUCUUGUCAUGUUCAGCAAGUGCAGGCGCCUCUUCCGCUCCCCGUCCCUGCCUUGCAGCGUCAUCCGGCCCAUCCUGAAGAGGCUGGAGCGGCCUCAGGACCGGGAGGGCCCCGUGCAGAGCAAGCGCAGGAAGAGUGUCACCCCCACUGAGGAGGAGCUGGAGCCCGAAGAACCUAAAGCUCGUGUCCUUCGUUCCAAGUCAUUGUGUCACGACGAGAUUGAGAAUCUCCUGGACAGUGACCACCGAGAGCUGAUCGGGGAUUACUCUAAGGCUUUCCUCCUCCAGACUGUUGAUGGGAAACACCAAGACCUCAAGUACAUCUCACCAGAAAUGAUGGUGGCUUUGCUGACAGGCAAGUUCAGCAACAUCGUGGAGAGGUUCGUGAUUGUGGACUGCAGGUACCCCUAUGAGUAUGAAGGCGGACACAUCAAGAAUGCCGUGAACUUGCCCCUGGAGAAAGAUGCGGAGACCUUCCUCCUGGAGAGCCCCAUCAUGCCCUGCAACCUGGACAAAAGGGUCAUCCUCAUUUUUCACUGUGAAUUCUCCUCGGAGCGGGGUCCUCGCAUGUGCCGAUUCAUCAGGGAACGAGACCGGUCAGCCAACGACUACCCCAACCUUUACUACCCCGAAAUGUACAUCCUGAAAGGCGGCUACAGGGAGUUCUUCCCACGACACCCGAACUUCUGUGAGCCCCAGGACUACCGGCCCAUGAACCAUGAAGCCUUCAAGGAGGAGUUGAAGACUUUCCGCCUGAAGACCCGCAGCUGGGCAGGGGAGCGGAGCCGGCGGGAGCUGUGCAGCCGCCUUCAGGACCAGUGA